GUUUAGGCUGCCAUUACACCGGCCCCGGGGCAUUCCGGAUCCGGUAUUACAGCUUAUUUUCCAUGCUGGCCUACGAAAAAAUCCAAACCAUCUUUCUAGCGACAUGUACCGCAGCCUGUAACACAUUGCCAAGGUGUUGACCAUUCACCAACGCCAGUGCAGCGGCUGCCUAGCAAGAAGCCAAUGAGAGGACGCCAACUGGCAUACAUGGAGGCUGAGCCCACAGAAGAUCUCAAGCGCACUUCGAACGGAGACCCGGAUGGCGAUGGGAAAUAGGCCGUUGGAAGCGGUGGUGUCGUCUCCUGACAUACCCUGGCCUGGCUUUUCUAUUAGCUAUCCAUUAGGCCAUUGGCUUCAUGAACAGUGCCAAUGAACACAAGAAGCCAUCCGCCUCAUCCAGUUCAGGCUCCGCGUCAGGGCAGCGUUGGCGAAUGCCAGGCAAGCCGCUUGCCUACAGUAGACCUACCUCUCGCCCCGCCUUUCUCAGCGUCGAAGAGCAUCGUUGACAGGUCCCGGCUCAUCGUUCCCGCUGCGGUGCAAGACGGUCGCAACAGGCCGCUCAUCAUCCCGGAGAGGUACAUGGCACGCUUCCUGGCAGCUGAACUUUGCACCCCGAAGCUCGACAAGCUCCACCACCACCUCUGGCUGGCCGGGCUUGCCCUACCUGCGCGACCGCUCCAGCGCCAGAGGGUGAUGGGUCGUGCUAUCUACCUGACCGAGAGGCCGGACGAGCACCUGGUGUGGUACCAGACCAAGCUCCUGCUGAAGCCGUUGCCCGAGUUCCUGCUCUGCCACGCGUUCUGGACGGAGCACCUCUGUUCGGACGCGGCGCUGCACCGGAGUGCCACCGGGCUGCUGCUCAGCUACUCCUGGCUCAUUGGCCACCGUGGCGACUUUGUUCUGGCCCAGACGGCCGGGCUGGUCACCGAUGGAAUAAACUGGCCCCAGUGGAAUGGGUUUAUGAAGGAUUUCCUGGGGAACGUGCAUCUAGACAGCCUGGCGCAGGUGGACCGGCGCUACCACUACGGCGAGCUGCGGCUCUCGCGGCUCAACUCGAUGACGCGCUUCCUGCCGUCCAUGUGGUCGCGCGAGAACUUCGUCUGGGGAUACCUCUCGACAAGCACGUGGCGCCAGGCCUUCUUCCAGCGGAACUUCUCCUGGCUGCUACCGGCCUUCGUGUGCAUCAGCGUGAUUCUGUCCGCGAUGCAGGUCGGCCUGGCUACGCAGAGGCUGAACGGCAAUCCGACGUUUGAGAACCUGAGCUACGGCACAGCGUUGCUGGCCAUAGCCGUCGUCUUCCUGGGGGCUGGGGUGAUGUGGCUUGUCUGGUUGUCUCUGUUCUGUUAUCAUCUGCUGUCGACAAUGCACUUAGAUAGAUGCAUCCGAACGGGGAGGAACGGUGGGCUUGAUCAGGUUGAGUCUUGCUAGCAGCUAUUCUUGGACAGUCGGUUUGUGCUGUUGGAGGUACAGAGAUAUUGCCAAUACAAGAGCGGUCUGGUGCUGCUCCACACACCCCCAAUUCAGCUUUGUGUCUGAGUUGCUUUGCUAACCC